AAACAUAUUGUUUUUAUGCUGUUUUAACGUCUAUGCCUGAAGUCGAUUAAAAGUAGCUGACUUUGUGAAUAUAAAUAAAAAAUGUCAGAAUGGUCAAUGGUAAACUCAUACAACCACCUCGGCUGUGCUGUUGGACAGUUCGAUAAUGCACGAGGUUUUGAUUUGUCAGUUAAAUGUCGGACGUUAACCGUUACAGACAUCAAUAACAAACGAAUACAGGUGGUGGACGACCAAGGAAAAUAUUUACACCACUGGAGUGUUACAGUAAACGGUUUACGACUCUGUCCUUUAAAUCUACGAAGGCAAGAUAACGAAGUAGUGGCAGCUGUAGUAGAAGGGUGUGCGGUGCUAUAUAACUGUCCUAAUGUUACAGAUUUCCAAGGUAUAACAGUCAAGUUAUUGCAUACAUUUGGCAACGACGAUCUCGUUUUUCCACGCAGCAUACUCGUUAAUAGUAAAGACCAAUACGUGAUAAGUGAUGUAGGUCGACAGCGUGUAACUGUACAUGACGUGUAUGGCAAGGUGUUACGUGCCAUUGGUCACAGUGAAGAUACAAUGCGAUUCAACUGGCCUUACUAUAUGUGUGCUGACAGUAAAGGUCGUAUUGCUGUGUCCGAUUCACAUAACAGAUGCGUGAAAUUAUUUGAUGAAAAAGAUUUCAAAUUUAUUUCUUCUUUUGGGGAGAACGAGCUCACGUGCGCCACCGGUGUUUGUGAAAGUUUAGACGGAAGGUCGUUUUACGUCGGGGACUACGAUACUAAAUCCCUCAUAGAGUAUUCAACAGAUGGUAAAUACAUUGGACAUAUUGACAAAAAGACAUAACCAACACCUACCGCUGAUAUACAAAAUAGACGACCGUGGAAGGAUUUUCACAACAACAAGGGACGGGUUUGACCGUGUACGCGAAAUACGAACAAAGAUGAUCUUUUUGUGUGCUGCGCAAAAGUUGUUAACAAUAACAUGCUAGAUGUACCUUUAGUUAUGUUGAAAAUAUAGAGUGGGGAAGAUGGGACAUCUUUUAGUUCUAUUUACUCGUCCCAUUUGGUGGUAAACAAACAAUUAUAAAACUGUAUCCUCACGACUCCCAUAGACCGUUGUUACUUGUUUAAAACACGAUCAGGAUAUUUGAAUAUUAUGUGCUAAAGAUGUCCCAACGUUAUACUUAGCAAAAUAUUAGCAAUUCGUAAAAAAGUCCUUUCGUAAGCUGGUGUAAAAGGCACCAUCUUUCAAACAUGAAUAAUUAAAACAGACUGUACGGGUU